AUGCGUGCCGAAGUUGACAAGCUCAAAGCCAUCGGCUUUAUUAGGGAAGCUACGUACCCUGUUUGGCUUGCCAACUCGGUCAUGGUCCGGAAGGCCAGGGGAGGAUGGCGAAUGUGUCAGGAUUAUACCGACCUAAACAAGGCGUGCCCGAAGGACAGUUUGCCCUUACCGAGAAUCGACCAGCUCGUCGAUGCCACCGCCGGGCACGAGCUGCUCAGUUUCAUGGACGCGUAUUCAGGAUACAACCAGAUUUUCAUGAACCCUGCCGAUAGAGAACAUACGGCAUUCAUCACGGACCGCGGUCUGUACUGCUACAAUGUCAUGCCCUUCGGCCUGAAAAACGCGGGGCAACUUACCAACGGCUCGUCAACCAAUCAAAGGGGCAUCGAGGCCAAUCCCGAGAAAAUAAAAGCUAUAAUCGACAUGGAGACGCCGAAGACGCAAAAGGACAUUCAGAGCCUUACUGGACGUGUCGCUGCCCUGACACGCUUCAUCUCCAAGGCUACCGACAAAUGCGCCUACGAGAUUCGGCAGAUCCCCAGGGCAAAAACCAGCCACGCCGACGCGCUCUCCCGAUUGGCUUCGGCGAUAAACGACAAGAUCGAAAGGAAGGUACCGGUGGAGAUAUUAUCCCAGCCAAGUACAACCGCCGCUGAGGUAUGUACCGUUGAGUACGAAGACACAUGGAUGUCUCCAAUCUACGUCUUCCUGACUACCGAAACCCUUCCUACCGAUAAGACGCAUGCUCGGAAACUUCGUUACUGA